CUUUGGUCGGCCCGGUGCCUGGGCGGAGAUGGGGUUGGAUGGAUGGAGACCGGUGGGUGGAUGAUGAUGAUGAUGCGUGGGUUAGCGCUGGGGGGGAGGGAGGAGGAGGAGGGCAGGAACGCUUGGGCAGUGCUCUCUCGCUCCCAGUCGCACGCAGCUACCCCCCCACCACCACCACCACCCCCCUGCCUGCUCGGCAAGACUCCCCGCAUCCAAACCUCGUGCUGCAGCAGUCGCAAGCAGCCGGAGUCGAGGAUACAUCUCGGCUGAGUCGUCGUCUUCGUAGCCGUGUGGCUAGAACUCGCCCAGGACGCUUUAGCGUUUUGAGACACGCAUUAGCCCGGGUGUAAAUUAGAUUUAGAUGAGCACAGCGAGAGAGACAGAGAGACACACACACAGAGAGAGAAAGUUAAACUCUUACUGCGGUGGUAGUGGUAGUGGGAAACUCGCUCUACCACUGGGAUUUUUCGUUUUUCUCUUCUUAGAAAGUUGUUAAUGAAGCUUAGUGACACCCGCCGCGCUGUGCCUUAGCCUUAGCAGAGAGCCCGGGCGCUGCAUCUGCGGUUUAUGCGACCGUCGGGUGACGAUGGUGAUGAUGAUGAGUGCGACGACGGUGCAAGUGGUGCUGAUGGUCAUCGUCCGCGGACUGCGCUGCGCUUGAAUUCGGCAGCGCGCUGCGCUAAGUGGCUGCCCAGGGGGGUGACAAACCACAGAGGGCGUCGUAGCGAUUCCUCCUCCACGCAGCCAUCGCGGCAGCGACCAAGCAAAGCAAAUCGUCGUCAUUGUAUCCCAUGCAUGGAUCGGUCGUCGUGACCCACGAUAUCCGUCGUUUCGGUGAAAAACCACCGCUACUGCCAUCAUCAUCAUCACCGCCACUGCGACAAUCACCGCCACCAUCAUUACCAGGAGCAGCAUCAUCAUCAGCAGCAGCAGCAUCAGCAGCCGGCAGGCAACAGAAGUGCAAGACGCACCGUCGGAUACAGCAGCCUCGCUCGGUGCCCUCGCCGGCGCUCGCAGUCUGCAUGCCCCGGCCGCCCCUCUCCUCCUCCUCGUCCCCGCGGGUGGCUCCCUUCAGACACCCCCCGCGCUCCUCCUUCAUGCGUUUCCCCGGCCGAGCCGGUGCAGUGAGGAGCAUCGUGGGCAGCAGCAGCAGCAAGGGCAGCAGCAGCAGCAAGGGCAGCAGCAGCAAGGGCAGCAGCAGGAAGGGCAGCAGUGUCCGGAAAGCCAGCGGCGCAUGUUCAGAUCUAAACGAUCGGUACUUGUGCGGAGACUGUGGAGAAGUCGAGCUAUGGGCUGCGAGGAGGCUGCAUCGGCAGAGGCGGCAGCGGCAGCAGCAGCAGCUUUGGUGACAGCAGCUGCUUCAUCAUCCUCAACAUCAUCAUCAUCAUCGUCGUCAUCAUCCGCUGCUACUGCCGCUGUUGUUGCUACGGCAGCGGGCUCCCUAUGCAGCGCGUUCUGGCCUCCUUGCGGUGGAGGCGGACGUGAGCGCAGAGACCGAGAGAGGGACAGGGACCCUCCGAAUGAGCUCAAGGCCAUCACCUUCUCCGUGCUCGAGAGGCUCAGCGAGAGACACCUGGAGGCCCUGGCGAGCGCCGUGGAGAGCAAAGGAGCUGCGUCUUCUGGCUGCGUCCACGUGCCCGUCUUACCUGGAGACCUGCAAAGGCAACAGCAGCAGCAGCAGCAGCAACAGCAGCAGCAACAAUCGCAGGUCACCUCGACGGUGCUGUUCCUGUGCCGGCUAUUUCGCUGGCCAGAUGUGCGACACCAGAGAGAACUCAAGCGCCUCUGCUGUUGCGAUUCGUUCGGACAGACGGACGCCGAGACCGUGUGCUGCAACCCGUAUCACCUGAGCAAGAUGUGGCAGCCAGACUCGCCUCCGCCUCCUUAUUCAAGAUUUCCCCAAGAAUCUUCGAAACUACAAGAGCUCUCGCACACAACCCUGAUGACCACAGAGGCAGAAGGAACAGAGCUCUCCCUGCUUCCCGGCCUAAGAGGCACAUUCCUGCCCCCGGACGUCCAGAAAGCCAAGCCGUGGUGCACGCUCGCCUACUGGGAGUACAAGAAGCGCCUGGGCCCGCUGCACCACGUUUGCCGCGACACGGUCGGCGUCUACUACGAACUACCUCACCAGGCCUCGCCCGGCAAGGGCAGCGGCGCCGCGGACGCCGGCGAAGACCUGUGCCUCAAGUCGCUGCCGCUGGGGAGCGGCGGCGGCGUCGGCGGCCAGACGGCGCAGCGGAGUCGAGCGCGCGUCGGCGCCGGGCUGCUCGUCAGCUGCGAGCCGGACGGCGUGUGGGCCUACAACCGUGGCGAGCUGCCCGUGUUCGUCAACUCCAUGACGCUGGACACGACGGUGGGCCGCGCGCCCGUGUCCCACCGCCUGCCCACGGGACACUCCGUCAAGAUCUUCGACCCCGAGCAGGCGCGCUCGAUGCAGCGCGCGCUCGCGAGGCUGGCGCAGGGCGAGCGGCCGCGGGACCUGUACAGCGUGCGCAUCAGCUUCGGCAAGGGCUGGGGGCGGGACUACUCCCGCCAGUGCGUGCUGGACUGCCCCUGCUGGCUGGAGCUGUUUUUCUAUAGAUGACGGGACCCUUGAGAGAAUGGAAAGUAAAUAUAAAGUAUAUAUUUAUAUCACACGUAUAAGACAAGAAUACAAAUACAAACGACGACGACGACAACAACAACAGCAGCUUACUUGCGACAGCGGAGGAUUUGACAUUUCUGCCUUUUUUGGGAAACUUGUGGUGUUUUUUGCGCGUCCCAGCUGCUGCGCGGCACGUCUUGAAUGGGGGUCGGCUCGACUGCAGCGUGCGCGCCUGCAUCGUCGAGACUGUGCUCUGAACGAAUUGGCUUCGAGCACACACGAGCCAAUGUAAGUCUGUGUGAAUGGCCGCAGGCUGAGUGUUUUAGUACUUAAUUGGCAUCCAGUUACAUUUCAACAUCCGAAACGCUUCAGACGCAUUAGGUGCUCACGUCGUGUAUACAAUCCCUCAGUGUGCCCGCACUUACGAAACCGAUACGUUUUUGCAUCAUUGGGAAGAUUUGUCCCUCUGGUGGAGGCCCUUCUGCUGGCAGUCGCAUUAGCUAGAAAGUGCAGGGCUCCGUCCAGAGCCAUCCCUAGGGUACGGCGAAUCGGGGCGACUGCCCCGGCCCCCGCGCUUUGGGGGACCCCGCGCUUCGACGUCACGGUGGCGGAUGUAAUGCCUCCAGUUUAGUUUGAAGGCGUUGUCGGGUAGCCCACGCGGUGUGAUUUGCCUCGGGCCCGUGCACCCCCCUGGGGACGGCCCUGGCUCCACCUCUACCUUUGUUACUGAAAAUAUUUGGUCGGUCCAGUUCACCAAUUGGUUGACACUUGAGCAGCUUUUGGCCGAAAAACAGCGUUGGCCGCAAAGUGCCGUUGGCUAACAUAGCUCCGGUGUUUGUUUGUUUUCUCACCGGUUGUUUGUCGUCGCUAUUUCUUUCCUGGCAUUUCACACAACAUUCCCGCAAAAUGGCAGCGAUUGCAAACUCUUCGUCGAGACGUGUGUACACUUCUCUAUUUUUUGUGUAAUACCAGCAGACAAAUGUGAACUGCGGUGUGCGUCCAUUGCGUAGAGCCAGGUGCUGGCCUACUCGUCGACAAGCCCCCAUGCACGUGAUGGACUGAGCUUGUUUUUGUGAACCACAAUCGACAAACGUCAAAAGUGCUCGGUGGUGGUAAAUAGCAAAAAAUUGAAUUGACAUUUGGGUUCAGUGUUUCAGUCAACACCUGAAUAACAAAACAGAGAGCAGAGAACCGACUGUCGGACGUUCGCAACACUGAGGAGUGGCCUGGCCUGUCUGAUCUAAUGCAGCCCACGUGAUUUAGAUAGGAAAAUGAAAUACUUAAAAUGAUAAUUCAUGGCCCUUUUGUCAAUCCACUGCUGGCUGAAGGCCUCCACAUGCCGUGUCGGUCAUGGGGUGUUGUUUGACCAUUCUCCAUCACGUGGGUCAGCACACGGGUUGGUUCAUAUGUUUGCUGCUGGUGUUAGCCUUGACGGAAGAUCAAACUCGGGCUGCCGGGUUCAUUCUCAGUGCUAUGAAUCACCGCGCCUACCCUCUCAUUCGAGAGGUGUUUCUGGAGAAAAAACUCGAUAACCCACAAAUCUCAUUGUUCAAAAUGUAAGAGCCCAUUGGCAGUAGACGGGUUGAUUGGAUAAGUGAAUUAAGUUAAUUGUGCUGCCAUCUGUAUGGAGAAGGUACAAUCAAAAUGUAUUGUAUUUUUUACAUUGAAAUUAGCGUGAAUUAUCUAAAAAAUGUAUAAAUGUGAGUUAUCAACUUUUUACAUGGUUCCGUAAUUAACUUUAAUAAAUGAUGAAUCCAAACUGCGUUGAUAGCUGCUGAUGUUGAUCUCGGCUGGCCCAUUUUAAAACUAAAUAAGAAGCGGACUGAGAAUUGACCCUUGAACUAAAUUCCUGCCAUUUGGCCCACGAACACUGAAGACAAUUUACACGUAAUGUCCAUUAGAGCAUUCGAAAUAGGUGUGGAACACUGCCCAGUAACGGGGUUUCAAGGCCUUGGUUUAUUGGCCACCUGCAUCAUCAUUCGCUUCGAUCGAGUUUUGUUUUGAGCUUCGCACAUUUCUCGAGAGAUGCGUCGACGAUAAACUCUGGGUCCUCGUUUCCCCAGCAGCCCACGCUCGCCGACUAAACACAAUCACUGUACAACCACAGAGCUUUCAAGAUUCUUAUCUGCCUCCACAGAGUCGAUUGAUAUUUUAUAUACAACACUAUAUGAAUAUAUAUAUUGUAAUACCUGUAAAUAUGGAGACGUUUUGUAUUUGUACAGUGUAAUUAUUUAUGUACAGUGCAAUGCAUACGGACAGACGAAAAUGUAUUAUUGUAAAUGCACUUUGUUGAAACUUUUAAAAGCUUGAUUAAAACCAUAAGUGAGUUUUCAAUUGA